UACCGUGCGCAGGCGCUUUACGGACUUUUUCUUUCUAUACAAGACGCUCUACCGGGAGUACCCUGCCUGCGCCGUUCCGCCGCUGCCGGACAAGCACAAGAUGGAAUAUGUGCGAGGAGAUAGGUUUGGAUCUGAGUUUACCACCAGACGGGCCUGGUCGUUGCACAGAUUCCUGAAACGCUUGACCUUGCAUCCUGUCCUUCGCCGAGCUCCCUUGCUGGCUAUCUUCUUGGAGUCCCCGGAUUGGAAUGCGCACAUGCGGCUGCGGUCGUCUCGCAACAACAGCACCUCCGACAGCAGUUCAACGACUGGCAUCUUUGACAACUUCACUGAUUCCUUUGUGAAUGCAUUUACCAAAGUCCAUAAACCGGACCGACGGUUCAUUGAGGUCCGGGAAAAGGCAGACAAACUGGAGGAGGACCUGAACCAUGUGGAGAAGAUCGUGGCCCGGGUUGCCCGUCGGGAAGCGGAUUUGGAGACCGACUACAACGAUCUUGCGACACAGUUUCGCAAGCUGGUACCGUUGGAGCCGGAUGUGGAGGUGCCGUUACAGGUUUUCGCUGCGUCGGUGGAGGAGACGGGGCGUGGACUCAAGACCCUCAAGGACCACACGGACCAGAACUACCUGGGCUCACUGCGCGACAUGACAUCCUACAUCACCUCCCUCAAGGCGCUUCUCAAGACGCGCGAGCAGAAGCAACUAGACUUUGAGGCUCUGGUUGACUACCGCAACAAGGCGGUCGCUGAGCGGGACUCGCUGGCUGCCAAUCCGUCCUCCUACUAUGCUUCCAACCCGUUGACCUCCUCCCCGGCCUCGUUCAUCCGCUCCAAGAUGGAGGACAUGCGUGGUGUGGAUCAUGAGCAGUCGCGCCGGGAGCGUGUUCGAAAGCUGGAGCUCCGCAUUGACGAGCUUACCCGUGAAGUGGACUCUGCCAAAACCACAUCGGAGAUGUUCGACGAGGAAGUGGUCCGGGAGGUUGCAGACUUUGAGCGCAUCAAAGCAGUUGAAUUCCGGGACACUCUGGGGGCUCUUGCUGAGAAGCAGAUCGAUUUCUACCAAGGCGUGCUGAACACAUGGGAGAGGUUUGUCGCCGAGAUGGACGGCGAUGAAGGUGAGGGAGGAGCCGGGCCAGAUACUCAGGAUGAUGGACGGUAAUUCAAAAGGGUGGGAUGGAUGAAACUGGACUUUUGUCACUGUUGUUUUAUUUGCUUUAGGGUGUCAUUUUUAUGAUAUUGGAGAAAACGGAGGGUGCAACGAAUGAUGAUGCUUAUUGCUUUUUUUUUUUUUUGUUUCUUGUUAAUGGCAGCCACUAUGGCCGAUCCAUACCCACAGUAAAUAUGAAUGCGCUUGUAUUUUCACCUAUUAUUAAGAAAUAUUCUUCUGGAUCAUCGAACAAGGUAUCAAGGUAUAUCAAUUUCACACAUCUCUACUCUGGUUUGGAUUUCCCCCCGGAUUGAAUCUCCACGCACUCAAAAUCCACUGGACUUGGCUCACUCUGCGGAUCGGAGAUGGCGGGGUCGUUGGCUCGGGUUUUGAGAUGUCGAGCGCGUUCCU